GUGGAUGCGCGUGCACACGCCAAGCAAUAAACGCGGCCACUUUCACGUUAUUUUUUAUGGGUUCGUGUGUAUGUACCACGAUCUUCUCGCCGCUCGUAUUAGGCCACGUCAAAAUUAACUUGAUCGGUAACUGGAGCUACGUUACUCGUUAUUUUUCACGGCCGAUCCCGGCUGGCGAAAAAUGUGAAGAAUGCACAGCGGCUGGCUGCUACACCGAGGUGCACCGAAGCAGUUUGACAAGAAGCGAGGUACCACUCCGCUCGGUUACUAUUUUUAAUUCCAGUUGUUAACCUCGGCCAACGCGUACGCGGAGAUGUCAUUCGAAGGGAAAUACAACGCGAAGAGCCCCGCGGUAAAGAGAUUGAUGAGAGAGGCUCAGGAGCUUCACGAAGCUACAGAGGAGUAUUGUGCGUCUCCUUUAGAAGACAAUCUCUUUGAAUGGCAUUUCACUGUACAAGGACCACCAUCCACAGACUUUGAAGGAGGUGUCUAUCAUGGUAGAAUUCUUUUGCCACCAGAAUAUCCUAUGAAACCUCCGAAUAUUAUACUAUUAACACCAAAUGGUCGGUUUGAAACUAAUAAGAAGAUUUGUCUAAGUAUCUCUGGACAUCAUCCAGAGACAUGGCAGCCUUCUUGGAGCAUCAGGACAGCUCUGUUGGCUUUAAUUGCGUUCAUGCCGACGCCAGGGAAUGGGACAAUCGGAUCUUUAGAUUACAGUAAAGAGGAAAGGCAAAAGCUCGCGAAAAAAUCUUUGAGCUGGCAAUGCGAUACUUGUGGCAAGGUCAUCGAUCUGUUGUCCAAGACCACGGCUAAAAAGCCCAUCACGGAAGAAGAGCAAACGAUGUUAAACACGAUCGCUUUAAAGGCUGAUGACUCACCCACGUCGGAUACAUCUUACAUACCCGGUGUAGACAACAUUACUGAGAAUGAAUUGAGACAGCGCAAUGUCGAGUCGAUUCCUGUCGAGAACCAGGACCGACAACAAUCGGAUACUAUAGUGAACCAACAAGUAGAAACGAUGUCAUCGUCGAACGAUCUAUUCUGGAGCAUUCUGAUCGCUUCUCUAGUGUCGGCGAUAAUUCUGCUCGUUUUGCGACGGCUAUUUCUUGUUUAAAUUAUUCUAAAUGUAACAAAAACGUUAUGAUUGUAAGUAUGUUGAUGAGAACGAAGUAAAUUUUAUACACAUUUUAUGAAUAACAUUUUUAAACUUAGAUGAAGUGAACAUCAAGUUUAUACACGUUAGAAACAAUUCGGAUUCCAGCAAAAAUCGCACGGAUAAUGAUCUACUUUAAUACAUAUCCACUUGUCUCGUACAAAAGAAUGAUGAUUCAAUUGGCUAUACUUUGUUUUAUGUUUUCGAUGUGCAGGACGUGUAAUCUAAAGGACGUCCAAUUUGAUCUCUACCACAUAAAAUGCAUUUAACGAUUUAUGCUUAAGUUGACGGCCCGUGCAUAAUGUUUUAGUUGCAUAUAAAAAGUAGUUCAAAGUGAGAAGCAAUCAGACUUUCAUCGAAGUCAUACUGUGUUUGUAAAGGAAAAAGAUUUACCAAACAUUUUCUAACCAAAUCUAUAUAUUAUAGUAAAAUGUCUUACGUGAAAGUAUAUUUGAAGUCCACGUUGCUGUGGUGUGAAAUUACGGUCGUGUAUUUCUUCCCUCUAGUAUUGUUAUAUAAAUGUAGAUAACUCGUAUUUAGAAUUGUAUAUAAACUAACUAUCGUUUUAAACAUAAGUGAAAUGAUCUACGUUGUACUUCACAAAACUAUGCACAUAACAAGCAAAAACGAAUACACUACUUUAAAAAGUA